CGGCAGGGGGCGCCCCAAGCCCCGUGCAGCCGGCGCCUGGGACGGGCCGGCCGCUCCGCCCCUCGCCGUCCCGCGGCUGGGCCGGCCUGGGACUCGAGCAGCACCGCGCACCCUGCCGCGGCCGUAGCAGCGCAGCCUCCGCCGGUUGUAGGGCCCAGGCUCCAUGAGAAGCCCAGACAUGGAGUCGUUCAAACAACAGAAGGUGGAGGACUUUUACGACAUCGGAGAGGAGCUGGGGAGCGGCCAGUUCGCCAUCGUGAAGAAAUGCCGGGAGAGGAGCACGGGGCUCGAGUUUGCAGCCAAGUUCAUCAAGAAGCGCCAGAGCCAAGCCAGCCGGCGGGGCGUGUGCCGGAAGGAGAUCGAGCGUGAGGUGAGCAUCCUGCGGCAGGUGCUGCACCCCAACAUCAUCACGCUGCAUGACGUCUACGAGAACCGCACAGACGUGGUGCUCAUCCUGGAGCUGGUGUCAGGAGGAGAGCUCUUCGAUUUCCUGGCCCAGAAAGAAUCCCUGAGCGAAGAAGAGGCCACCAGUUUCAUCAAGCAGAUCCUGGAUGGAGUGAACUACCUACACACAAAGAAAAUCGCUCACUUUGAUCUCAAGCCAGAAAACAUUAUGUUGUUAGACAAGAAUAUUCCCAUUCCUCACAUCAAGCUGAUUGACUUUGGCCUGGCUCAUGAAAUAGAAGAUGGAGUCGAAUUUAAGCACAUUUUUGGGACACCAGAAUUUGUCGCUCCGGAGAUCGUGAACUAUGAGCCCCUGGGGCUGGAGGCUGACAUGUGGAGCAUCGGCGUCAUUACCUACAUCCUCCUAAGCGGAGCCUCCCCUUUCCUGGGAGACACGAAGCAGGAAACCCUGGCAAACAUCACAGCAGUGAGUUACGACUUUGACGAGGAAUUCUUCAGCCAGACCAGCGAGCUGGCCAAGGACUUCAUUCAGAAGCUUUUGGUUAAAGAGACCCGAAAACGGCUCACAAUCCAAGAGGCCCUCAGACACCCCUGGAUCACGUCAAAAGACGAAACCCGAGCCCCUGAGCAGCGGAAGACACAGACCUCACAGCUGAAAACCAAGCGCCUGAGAGAGUACACCCUCAAAUGCCACUCCAGCAUGCCCCCUAACAACACUUAUGUCAACUUUGAGCACUUUGCCCAAAUGGUAGAGGACAUAGCUCGGGUGGACCAAGGAUGUCACGCCCUUGCAGGGACCCAUGACACUCUCCAGGACGACGUGGAGACCCUGAUCUCCAUCUACAAUGAGAAGGAGGCUUGGUACCGGGAGGAGAACGAGAGUGCCCGACACAACCUUUCCCAGCUCAAGUAUGAGUUCCGCAAGGUGAAGUCCUUGAAGAAGCUCUUGCGAGAAGACAUCCGGGCCACGGGGUCCAGCCUAGGAAGAGUGGCCAGGAAACUAGACCAUCUGCAGGCGCAGUUUGAGGCUCUGAGGCAGGAGCUCUCUGCAGACCUGCAGUGGGUACAGGAGCUGGCGAGCAGCUUCCAGCUGGAGAGCAGAAAUGCAGAUGGCCUAGGCUCUGUGCUCCCCUGGGACACCAGCGAGUCCCUAUCAGAGCUGCCCAGCGGGUCACACACUGAGGAAGUCCUGGCCAGCUUGAAGCUGUGAGCGCCAGCACCUAGUCAGUAAAGCGCUCAGGGUGGUUUGCGGAAGUGCACACUCUACCAGCUAGGGUCAUUUCACAGGGCUUAGGUCUGCAGUGCAGCCUUCCACCCGAGUCACCACUUCACUCAUUCUGUGCCUUCUCUUGCCAACCACUUUGCCAAGAGAGAGCUGACAGAGCAGCCAAGCUGGGAAGACAAUCAAAGGAUGAAUACCCCUCCCUCAGCAGUCCCUUCCCCAGGGGAGGGCAGAAGGAGGGCCACCCUGGGGGACGCUUUGCCCUGGGGGAUGCUUGGUAGUGGGUUUGUGAUGGUGGGUGCGCUCACCUCCCACUCCCACCCACAGGCCUUAGGACUGUAGAUCUUGGGUAGUGCUGAAUUAACCAGGGAUAACAAAGUCAGUGUGGUGCUUUCCUGCUGCAGAAGCAGGGAUUUAAAAUGCACAGAGAAAAUAAUAGUGCUUUUCAUCUGAACUAACUUCUCACUUAGCAAGUCUUUGUGUGUGUGUGAUCUUUACUUAAUUCCCAAAGAGCUCUGAGCUAGAAAGGGAGGCAAUAAGGACAGGGAUUGCCACCUAAGUGGUGAGAUUGACUGACAGGGAAAAGGAUUUAGGAUCAUUCAUAGCCAGUCAUACAGCUGACAAAGAAAGCCAGGGUGCCCGGCUCCUGGAGGUCUGUGGGAGGAAGCAGGAGGCUUCUCUGUAAAUAUUAAACUUUAAUAAUGAAGUUCAGAUUCCAGACAGCAGGUAAGCAGGUGCACGUGUUUGGCCAGGUGCAGUAGAAUGCAGCGCCGGCAGAGAUUGUCCCAGGAGCUGUGACCCAGGGGGUGCCACGCUCCUACUAGCCCCUGUCUCUGUCUGAAGACCUACCUUUAUGGCAGGAGGGAAAGGGCAGCAUCUCCCUGUGCUCCAUCCUUUCCUCUCCCUCAACUCCCAUUUAAGGGCCCAAACUUUGUGUUGAAAAUGUAGACCCAAAGGUGCUCCACAAAGGCAUUCUUUUUCUCACUUGCAUUGGGCCCUGAAUGUCCAAGAAAGUCCAUAAGAGGUUUUGAAGAAUGUGGACGUGAAGAUUGAGAGGCUCUGUGGUUCCUUCAUGAUCCAAGGCUUUGGGCGUCCCUCCCCAGGACCGGACCUUGUGACCUCAUCCCCUCCUCCCCAGGAAGGAUCAGUCUGUAUUAACCAUUAACAGUAAACAGAGCCUGGAAUCCAGACCCAGGGCUGUGCCGGAAGCUUGCAGGUGGGGGCAAAGACUGCAUAGUUCGCAGCUAUUUACAGCUUGACAAAACACCCCAAUCAGAAAUCUGGAUAAACUGUUAUUCCCAGUUUAGAGAUCAACAAACAGAGAGAUGAAGUGAUUUGACCCAAGUCACAAUGUGAGUCACAAAAGUGGGGGCCUUCCAAUGACAAAUCUGUGUCUCUUUCUGCUUCUCCUAAGUAUCCCCAGCUCCAGAAGUGUACCCUUUGUUGUGGAGGCCAGUGAUACCCAGAUUCACCCAUCUGUUCACAGAUGAUUAUCAGGCACCCUCCCUCAUAUAGAGACUACACUUGAGGCUAAGGAUGUGUCCAGUGAAACAGUCCCUGUGUUGAUGGAGUUCUUGGUCUAGUGCAGGAGCCCAACAUUAGUCAAGAAUCCCACACUUAGAAGACAGCUGGACAGAUGCUGAGAGAGAAACAGCAGUUUGCAGAGGGCUUCCAUCUGGAAGGGUAGGUGUCCUUGAAAUGGGGAAAGCAGGUGCUGAGAUCUGCAAAGCAGACCAGGGAGAGAGGUGUUCCCAACAGGCUAUCAUCUCAGGGCGCUGUGACCAGAGAGGAGCACAGAAGGCUGGAGAUGAAGGCCCAGGGAAACUGGAGGGAAUGAGGGAGGAGGACCAUGGUGUAGAGAGGAUGGAGAGGAGCAGGACCAGCAGGGCCUUGGCCAUGUUAAAGAGCUCUGCUUCUGUCCACAGUCAUGGAAAGCUACUAAAGGGGUCUGGGCUGGAGCUAGAGAGGAAAGGUCCAGUGAGUAGCAUAGCCAGGGAGUAGUUUCAGACAACUUAUGAAAUGUGCAUCUCAUGAAACCUUUCCUUUAUAAUCUGAUCUCCUUUUCUGAGACAGGUCUUUUCAAAUAUCAUACAUAAUACUGUCCCUGAGACUUUUUUUUUUUUUUUUGGAGACCGGUCUUGUUAUGUAGUUCAGACAGGCCUGGACUCACUAUGUAGCCCAGGCUGGCCUCAAACUCAUGGCAGUCCUCCUGCCUCAACCUCCUUGAAGGCUAGGAUUACAAGCAUGUACCACCAUGCUUGGUGCAUUGCAGAAACUUUUGCAUCAAAUAUAAGAAACCAUGAUUAUGAGGUGCAUCAUUACUUUACAUACCAUUAAAAACAAAGGCCAAUAUGGGGAGUCUAAGAGACCCCCCCCCCCACAUACAUGCAUACAUAAAGCUGUGGGUGGGUGAAUGAGAAAUAGAGCCAUUGUGCAGAAAAAGAUAGCAAGCAAUUAGGUAGUACUCAGCUGUGAGCCUAAGGGGGUGAAACCCCCCCCCCCCCCGCCCCCAGCAUAGGCAGCCUGGACUGCCAGCCCUCCCCAAGCUUUGCUCUUUGAAUUUGCAGUCAGUGUGACACUCAAGCUGGGAAUGUCACCCACCCCUUCUGAGGCUGGUGGCCCACAGGGCUGGUAGAAGCAGCACCCCCACACAUACUUCCCUCCAAGCCAACAUUAAAGAUGUCACAGUGGCGGAUGCCUGCUGACCUCUGAGGCCCAAAAUGUGCAUCUCAACGUCUAGGAAACAGCCCUGUUUCCUCAAAUAACCUUUACACUCUCCUCCAAGACUUACCUGCCCUCUCCUGGGAUGUCAUAUGCUAGUUCGAUGUAAACCACUGCACACAUUGAAGGUCCUUUGCUGUGCCAACAGGGAGUGACCUACACAGCUUUCCCAAAGUGAGGGCAGACUGACUGUGAAGGUCAAAAUGUAAUAAAAGAGUGACGUGGUGGCAAA